ACGGAGGUGCGAAGCAAAACGAAGCUGAGACCGCUUCCGAGAGUCUUGACAAGGGAUUUGUACACGUCGAAUCAAUAGUAAUCCCCUCUCCCUAAAUUGCACACAUACAUAGGGCUCAGUGCUCGCCUUGCCGAAGAGCUUGAUACCCGUAGGAAAACAAUGUAUGUUUUGCAAUAGCCCUUGAACUCGAACAAUUGUGUGUUUUUGUGCAUUCGUUCGUCGUCUUUGCUAUUAUUUUAUUUUCGAUUGAUAUUCGUUUUGGGUGUUUUGCGUCAGCAUCCACGUGUAGCAUUGAACGUCGCUGUUAUGAUUCGAGGCUUGGAGCAACUCAAGAGUGGAGGCCAGGAUACCAACCACAAGUCAUCUACAAUUCUGCCGUGUUUUUAGUUUUCCCCCUCCUUUCUCUGUUGUUUCUGGAAUACGUAUUUACUCCUUCAUUUAUUCCUAAUGCAAGUUGAACAUUUGCAGUAGCUCUCGACCACUUUUGCCUGAAGACAUAGAGAAAAUGGUACAUUUUUGUGCAUCCUGAAAUCUGCAUAUUGAGAGAGAUUAUUUGAUUCAGAAUUCACUUUGUGGUUUGCUGAUCUGAGGGAGACGCUUGCAAGUGUAGCUCUCCAGCCUCCACGAUGCUCUUCCACGGGCUGCUCGGAGGCGAGAUGCAGGGGGUUAUCUACGAGAUGGGCCGGAGGGCGAAGGGCGAUUCUACCGCCAUCAGUUCGGCUAUAGACAUGGGAGAAACCGAGACGGGUAUGAGGUCCAUCAACAGCGACCGUGUGGCCUUAUGCGCGGGCUGCGGGGGGAAGAUAUCUGACCGCUACUACUUGCUUGCGGUUGACAAACAGUGGCACAUGCGCUGUCUCAAGUGCUGCGAGUGCAAACUCAACCUCGAGUCCGAGCUUACCUGUUUCAGUAAAGACGGCAGCAUCUAUUGCAAAGAAGAUUACUACAGCAGGAGGUUUUCCGUGCAGAGGUGCGCCCGUUGCCAUCUCGGGAUCUCGGCGUCGGAGAUGGUCAUGCGGGCGAGGGACUUGGUCUAUCACUUGAACUGUUUCACCUGUACAAGCUGCAACAAAAUGCUCACGACCGGAGACCACUUCGGUAUGCGGGACAGUCUUGUGUACUGCCGGUUCCACUUUGAGACACUCAUACAAGGGGAAUAUCAAGCGCAUUUCAAUCACUCAGGGGAUGUAGACUCGGGCAAAGGACUUUGCGCAGGCAGCGCGGGAAACUCGCUGGGGCAGACCUACUACAACGGCUCCCGAACCGUGCAGAAAGGAAGGCCGAGGAAAAGGAAAAGUCCCGGGCCUGGAACAGAUGUGGUGGCUUACAACGCAGCAUUAAGUUGCAGUGAGGAUGGGGACCACCUGGACUGUGACUCCCACUACUCCUCCAGCUCCAAGUCCAAGCGCAUGCGCACCUCCUUCAAACACCACCAACUGAGGACCAUGAAGUCCUACUUUGCCAUCAACCAUAAUCCAGACGCCAAAGACCUGAAACAGCUGGCCCAGAAGACGGGUCUCUCCAAACGCGUGCUGCAGGUUUGGUUCCAAAACGCCCGGGCCAAGUUUCGACGGAACAUUCUACGUCAGGAGAGCACAGGACUGGACAAGCUGUUGGAUGGGUCCACUCUAUCAGGGGGUUCGCCUUCAGGCCCCCCCUCCGAACUGUCCAGCUCCUCAAUGAGCCCUUCCAGUACCCAUACCACCCUCACGGACAUGACCAGCCCCUCUAUGACAUCGGCUAACCCUGUACUGACCGCCGUGCCGGGGGGCAUGGACCUACAUGACUCCAUGAGUGUGAGCCCUUCCCAGACCACCCUUACCAGCCUUUUCUGAUGUCACCCACCCCACCCGAUCCGCCCAUAAACCCAUCCACCAGCUCACUCAAGAGGGAGUCACUUAUAUAAAUGAUAUUCCCCUGGACCUUAGGUUUCCACCCUGUCACUCCAUCCUGACCAUUCUGUUUCUAGGGAGGGAUUUGUAAAAGAAAAAGGGAAAAGCAUUGGGGAGUGUAAAAUGCAGAUGCAAAGUACUGUAGCAAGGUUAUCCGGAAGACUCUAGCGUGCCUUAUACAUUUUAAUCACACGGAGGAAUCCCUUCUCUGAUAAAUGUCUCAUCUAGGUGGCAUAUUUCUUAAAAGAUUUUGUUAAAGGACGGUUGCCCCACUGACAACUGCAUUUGCUUAAGACAUGGCCAACAAAGCGGAUCUACUUUACAAUUCAGUCUGUACAGAGUAAGGGUCUGAUGUCAACAAGAACAUGUAUAUUGAUACAUAGGGCAUAGAUGAGAAUUAGAAUUAAACUGAUACAGUUAAUAUGAAGAUAUCAUGGUCACUAUCCUUUACUCAGACUUUGCUUUAAUAUUUUGUAACAAUAAACUGUCAUACACAGAAAUGAGAUAUAAUA